UUCUAGGUAAAUAAAAAUUGUUGGAGAGGAUUAUUUAGCUGCUGCAUCGACCAUGAGUAAACAACAAAUCGGAGUGCUGAUCGCACUCGAUGUCGCCAAGACUCAGUUGUACCAUUUUAAAGCAAUUGUGAUUGCCGGAAUGGGUUUUUUCACCGACGCGUAUGAUCUUUUCUGCAUAUCUUUGGUGACCAAGUUGCUUGGUCGCAUAUAUUACACUGACUAUACUAAAGAAAAACCAGGGUCAUUACCUCCAAAUGUAGCAGCCGCCGUCAACGGCGUCGCGCUGUGCGGUACUUUAGCAGGACAGCUAUUCUUCGGUUGGCUCGGUGACAAAAUGGGACGGAAGAAAGUGUACGGACUCACUCUGAUUCUCAUGGUUGGUUGCUCGCUUGCGUCGGGCCUUUCUUUCAGCAAUUCUCCGGACGCUGUUAUAGCUACACUUUGCUUCUUCAGGUUCUGGCUCGGAUUCGGCAUCGGCGGUGAUUACCCUUUAUCUGCAACUAUCAUGUCCGAAUAUGCUAACAAGAAAACCCGCGGCGCAUUUAUCGCGGCGGUUUUUGCUAUGCAAGGGUUCGGUAUUUUGGGCGGCGGGAUUGUUGGCCUAAUAGUUUCAGCGGCGUUUGAUCACCGAUUCCCUGCACCUUCAUAUGCUGGUGAUAGACAUGCAUCACUUAUCCCUCAAGCUGACUAUAUUUGGCGCCUCAUCUUGAUGUUCGGUGCAAUUCCAGCCGCUGUAACCUUCUACUGGCGGAUGAAGAUGCCGGAAACUGCUCGUUACACGGCUUUGGUUGCCAAGAACGCGAAACAAGCCGCGGCCGAUAUGUCUAAGGUGCUAAAUCGUGAUCUCGAAGCAGAGGAAGACAAAGUCAUAAAAAUGGUUACGGAGCCGAAAAAUUCAUUCGGUUUAUUCUCUAAAGAAUUCGCCAAGCGCCAUGGUUUUCACUUGGUCGGAACUACAACUACUUGGUUCUUGCUGGAUAUUGCAUUUUACAGCCAAAACCUUUUUCAGAAAGAUAUUUUCUCAGCCAUCAACUGGAUUCCUAAAGCUCAAGAAAUGAACGCCAUUCAUGAGGUUUUCAUGAUUUCUAGGGCUCAGACACUCAUUGCUCUCUGCAGUACCGUACCAGGAUACUGGUUUACAGUGUUCUUGAUCGAUUACAUGGGAAGAUUCGCAAUUCAAUUGAUGGGUUUCUUCUUCAUGACAGUCUUCAUGUUCGCGCUCGCUAUACCUUACCAUCACUGGACUUUAAAGCCUAACAGAAUUGGUUUCGUUAUAAUUUACUCUCUCACAUUUUUCUUCGCCAAUUUCGGACCCAACGCGACUACGUUUGUUGUUCCGGCUGAGAUUUUUCCUGCCAGGUUACGAUCAACUUGUCACGGUAUAUCUGCAGCAGCAGGAAAAGCAGGCGCUAUAAUUGGUGCAUUUGGUUUCUUAUAUGCAGCACAAAGCCAAGACAAGAACAAGACUGAUGCAGGUUAUCCUCCGGGUAUUGGAGUCAAGAACUCUUUGAUUGCUCUUGGCGUUAUCAAUUUCCUCGGCAUGAUGUUUACUCUAUUGGUGCCGGAGUCAAAAGGUAUAUCGCUCGAAGAGUUGACCGGGGAGAAUGAAGAAAAUGGGGAAGAAAUGAAGACUACUGCUGCUACUGCUAGGACUGUUCCUCUGUGAUUUUUCCUUUGCUAAUCCAAAACCUCUUGUCAUCAUGCUUUAUGAUAGAUUUGUUGUGGGUUUUUGCUUAUGUGUAUUUUAUGACAUUGUGUUACUUUUCUUGCUUAUGUGCAUUUUAAGUGCCAAGUAGUAUUGUAUUACUUUUUGAAUAAAAAUUUCCUGCAAACACUAUUGCAGGAAACUCCUGCAACAGUGUUUGCAAAACAUGACACGUAUUGUAGGAUGGGUUUUUAAAUGGCCAAUUACUCAUUUAGUUUUGAAUAAUUAACACAUGUCAUGUUUUGCAAACACUGUUGCAGGAGUUUCCUGCAACAGUGUUUGCAGGAAAUUAUUGUUCCUUUUUUAGUUUCUUGUUUUAAAAAAAGAAGAAUAUUUUCCGACUACCCAAGUUGCAGGAAACUCCUGCUGCUAUUAUGUGGCAGAGUUUGAUAGGCUAAUGGCAUAAUAAAAUGAUUUGGUUAGUUAGCCAGUUCUGAUCUUGAUUAAUUAA